AUGCGAAAACUCGCCGUCGCUUUUCGUGCGAGGAGGCCAACGACUACACGCAUCUCCCAAACAACUCGAAUACGACCAUGGAAAAAAGACGAACGAGGUCUACCAACCCCACACGUCAACGUUCUCGUCAGGGACACACAUCUCAGUCGUCUCCACGACCACUACCAACAAACACUCCGAGACGACCUAAUGUACAUGACCUACAUACACGAACCCAAAGCCCGCCCACCAGCUAAAGAAAUCCGACUCACAUACGACCCCGAAGACCCAUACUCAAAAUAUCGGAAAAACCUGCCCGUCGGUGGCUUGCAAAUUGGUAAAAAACCAGCACCGAUCGCGAGCCCGGAAAACGUCGUGAAACUCGAGAAGAUAUGUUUGCACUCGAUGCAGAAGACGGCGUUGUCGAGUAGGAGUAACUUGUUAGGGACGAUUAUGGCUUUUCGAGCGAUCUCGGGCGAGACGGAGCAGGGAGGUGGGUGGAUGAGCUCGAGUGGUGUACAGCUUGUGCGCGGAAAGAAAAACGUGUCGGGGUGGGUUAGGCCUGGUUUACCGAUUGGUGUGAAGGUUGAGAUUAAGGGAGAGAAGAUGUAUGAGUUCCUCGGGACGCUCGUCCAGUUUGUCCUUCCACGAUUGAGGGAAUUCGAAGGCGUCGUUCUUCCCCCUGCAUCUGUAAAUCUGGCUACUCCUGCUGGUGUAUCUGGCGUCGUUUCGAUGGGCUUACCACCAGACGCUAUGGGUUUCUUCCCCCAGAUUGAAGUCAACCAGGACAUGUACCCUCGUAUGUACGGCAUGCACAUCCAUUUCGUGACGAAUGCAGAAGGUGCCGGUGCGCAGAACAAGGCUAGAGCCCUGCUAUCUGGAUUCCAACUACCCUUUGCUCGUCGAUGA